CCCGGCGGCGUCUGCGGGCUGGCUGGUGGUGGGCUGUGAAUUUUCUGCGUUCGCUGGUCCCGCCGCUGCCCUCGCCGCCAUGGGGAAACGACAGCACCAGAAGGACAAGAUGUACAUUACUUGCGCUGAAUACACUCACUUCUAUGGCGGCAAGAAGCCAGAUCUCCCACAAUCCAAUUUUCGGCGACUGCCAUUCGACCACUGCAGUCUCUCCCUGCAGCCCUUCGUCUACCCGGUCUGCACCCCUGAAGGCGUCGUCUUCGACUUGCUGAACAUCGUGCCGUGGCUGAAGAAGUACGGGACCAACCCCAGCAAUGGAGAGAAACUUGACGGGCGCUCCCUGGUCAAGCUCAACUUCACUAAGAACAGCGAGGGGAAGUACCACUGCCCCGUGCUGUUCACCGUGUUCACCAAUAACACCCACAUCGUGGCCGUCAGGACCACCGGCAACGUCUACGCCUAUGAGGCUGUGGAACAGCUAAACAUCAAAGCCAAGAACUUCCGGGACCUGCUGACCGAUGAGCCCUUCUCCCGGCAGGACAUCAUCACCCUGCAGGACCCCACCAAUCUGGACAAGUUCAAUGUCUCCAAUUUCUUUCAUGUCAAGAAUAACAUAAAAAUAGUGGAUCCAGACGAGGAGAAGGCACGCCAGGACCCCUGCUACUACCUGAAGAACACCAACGCCGAGACCCGGGAGACCCUGCAGGAGCUCUACAAGGAGUUCAAGGGCGACGAGGUCCUGGCGGCCACCAUGAAAGUGCCCGAGAAGAAGAAAGUGGACAAGCUGAACGCUGCCCACUACUCUACGGGCAAGGUCAGCGCGUCCUUCACCUCCACCGCCAUGAUUCCUGAGACAACACACGAAGCAGCCGCCAUCGAGGACGACGUGCUGCGCUACCAGUUCGUGAAGAAGAAGGGCUACGUGCGGCUGCACACCAACAAGGGCGACCUCAACCUCGAGCUGCACUGCGACCUGACACCGAAGACCUGUGAGAACUUCAUCAAGCUGUGCAAGAAACAGUACUACGACGGCACCAUCUUCCACAGGUCCAUCCGCAACUUUGUGAUCCAAGGGGGCGACCCCACUGGCACAGGCACAGGUGGAGAGUCAUACUGGGGGAAGCCCUUCAAGGACGAGUUCCGGCCCAACCUCUCGCACACGGGCCGUGGAGUCCUCAGCAUGGCCAACUCGGGGCCCAACAGCAACAAGUCCCAGUUCUUCAUCACCUUCCGCUCCUGUGCUUACCUGGACAAGAAGCACACCAUCUUUGGACGGGUGGUUGGGGGCUUCGACACACUGACAGCCAUGGAGAACGUGGAGAGUGACCCCAAAACUGACCGCCCCAAGACGGACAUUCGCAUCGAGGCCACCACUGUGUUCGUGGACCCCUACGAGGAGGCCGACGCCCAGAUAGCUGAGGAGCGCAAGAAGACACAGCUGGAGGAGGAACCUGAAGCCAAAGCCAAGACCCCGCAGUCUCAGCCCGGGAGCCAGGGCCCCCAGACAUACCGCCAGGGGGUGGGCAAGUACAUCAACCCAGCCGCCACGAAGCGUGCGGCUGAGGAGCCGUCCACCAGCACCGCGGCCCCAGCAGCCAAGAGGAAGCCUGGCCGGGGCUUUGGGGACUUCAGCUCCUGGUAGUGCUGGCCGCUGCUCAGAUCCCAGUAGGAAUGCGGGGUCCGGGCUGUGCCCCCAGAAAGAGCGCUCCCCAUGGUAGCCUAACUUCCGAGGCUGGUCCAGCCAGAGCCCGAACUCUGCCCUCCCGGGGGCCUGAUCACCUGGACCCACCAUGGUCCCGGAGCGCCCUUGUCUGUCCCUCCCCCAAGACCACCACUGCUCCUGCGUGGGGAGAGAUGGAGAGCGGCUCCCACCCCAGCGAUACCCAUUGGUCAAAUGUGCCCACGCGGGUCCCCUCUCCUGAGCCCCCCAGCAGCCCAGUACAGAGGCUCCCUCCACCAAGUGCCUUUAGACAUGCCCACUCCUCCACCUUCACCCCUGACCUGGCCUUGGUGCUCGCUGCUCCUGUCCUGCUGCUGGGACCCCAGGCAGGUGGCAGUGGCGGCCCUGACCCGGCCCGCAGGCGGUCACAGGCUGGGCCCACAGUGGGCACCAGGCCUGCCCCACGGGCAUGUCUGCCUCCGUGCUUGCCUUGGAGCUCAGUGCUUGUUCCAGAUACAGAGACCACCUGAAUUUUGUAGUUCCCUGAUAAUUAAAGGACUUUUUGCAAA